AUGAGUUCUUCAAGUACAGAGUCCCUUGAAGUUGAAAUCUCAACCUUUUAUGACUAUUACGAUAAUUAUAACGAUGCUCCAAAGCCAUGCAGUAAGGAAAGCGUCAAGAGGUUUGCAGCCUCCUUCCUACCUGUUCUGUAUACCCUAGUAUUCCUGGUCGGGCUCAUGGGAAACAUCCUAGUCAUUGUGGUCCUCUUCAAAUACAAGAGGCUGAAGAGCAUGACUGAUGUGUACCUACUAAACCUUGCUAUCUCAGAUUUGCUCUUUGUUUUAUCCUUGCCGUUCUGGUCUUAUUUCACAAUAGACCAAUGGGUUUUUGGAACUCCCUGGUGUAAAAUCAUUUCGUGGAUCUACCUGGUUGGGUUUUACAGUGGGAUAUUUUUUAUUAUGCUUAUGAGCAUAGACAGAUACCUGGCAAUUGUUUGUGCAGUGUUUUCCUUGAAAGCAAGGACUGCCUUCCAUGGCUUGAUUACUAGCCUUGUUGUAUGGCUAGUAGCUCUUUCAGCCUCAGUUCCAGAACUUGUAUUUAGAGAAUCUGUUAAUGAACAUAAUUAUACUACCUGCAAGCCGAGAUAUCCAGGCAAUUUCACAACAUGGAAACUUUUUUCCACUUUGGAAAUCAACAUUUUAGGGCUCCUAAUCCCUUUUAUAGUUAUGACAUUUUGCUAUUCUAUGAUCAUUAAAACAUUAGGUCACUGUAGAAAUGAGAAAAAGAAUAAGGCUGUGAGGAUGAUCUUUGCUGUCAUGAUCAUGUUUUUCUUCUUUUGGACCCCUUACAACAUUGUCAUUUUCUUACAACUGCUGGAAAUUACGGGAGUCAUUAGAGACUGUCAAGUGAGCAGGAAUCUGGACUAUGCUUUCCAGGUAACGGAAAUCCUCGGCCUUUUUCACUGUUGCCUCAAUCCAGUCAUCUACUUCUUCAUGGGGGAAAAAUUUAAGAAGUACCUAAAGAUGCUCUUUAAGAACUGGUGGUUACCUGGAGAUAUUUGCAAGUGGUGUGGAGUUCACAUCACUUACCACACCGAAUCUACCAAUUCAUUCCACACACAAUCUACGGGGGAUCAAGAUGCUCUGUAA